UCCAUCAAUCCCCUCCACGCAUUCACUCUAUCGUUCUUUUGUUCUGUAGCACCCAUCCCCCGGCCACUCUCCCGGAGACCAAUGGAUAUUAUGUUCCCAUAAUUCCAAGCGUGCGAUACUCCGGGCCACAUUCCAUUCCCGAGGACCGUUGCAUUGCUGAAGCUCGAGCUCUGGACCGUAUCGGGACAUCAUGAGGACCACUGCAGCCUGCAUCUCUUUGCUGUCCGCCUAUUUAGUAAACUGUGCAGAUGGCAUUGAAUUCAAAAAAUGGGAGAAUAAUGGAAUCCACAGUUAUCGUGUUAGCAGGAGUAGGACUGCUGAGGUGAUGGAGGUGUAUUCCAUUUUUUCACGAGUCCAUUCGGAUCGGAAUGUUUAUCCAUCUUCUGGAGUCCUUUUUGUCCAUGUUUUGGAGAGAGAGUACUUUAAAGGAGAAUUUCCUCCCUACUCAAUGAAACUUGCUGAUGCUCGAAAUGAUCCCAUUACAUUUAAGACAAAUCUAAAAGGAUACCCGGACAGACCUGGCUGGCUGCGAUAUAUUCAAAGAACUCCAUACAGUGACGGAGUGCUCUAUGGGUCACCAACCCUUCAGAAUGCUGACAAGACAACAGUCAUUGAGAUCACUGCGUACAAUAGACGAACAUAUGAAACUGCAAGACAUACUUUGGUUGUCAACAUUAUGGUUUCAGAUGAUUACCCAUUGCCCUAUCAAGCAGAGUUCUUUGUGAAGAACAUGAAUGUUGAAGAGAUGUUGGCAAGUGAGGUUAUUGGUGAUUUCCUGGGAGCAGUGAAGAAUGUUUGGCAGCCUGAUCGUCUCAAUGCCAUCAAUAUCACCUCAGCACUUGAUCGGGGUGGGAGAGUGCCUCUUCCCAUCAAUAAUAUGAAGGAAGGGGUUUAUGUCAUGGUGGGUACGGAUGUGACUUUCUCAUCAUGCCUAAGAGAGGUGGAAACUCCACAGAACCAGCUGAAGUGUAGUCAGGAGAUGGAACCAAACAUAAGCUGUGACAAGAAAUUCAGGGCCCAGUUUGAUAUUGAUUGGUGUAAACUGUCUUUGGUCGACAAAUCGAAAAUGCCUUCUGUCAACAGUGAAGUGAUUCGGGGAGAUGGUGUUCUGCCAGACAAUGGAGAGUAUAAACCACCUUCUACAAAUCUGAAAAGCAAGGACUAUUACACAGACUUUGUGAUUACGCUGGCAAUACCAAUAGCCGUUGCCCUGGUGCUUUUUGUGAUCCUUGGUUACAUCAUGUUUUGCCGUCGGGAAGGAGUGCAAAAGAGAGACAUGCAAACACCAGACAUCCAGUUGGUUCAUCACAGUUCCAUCCAGAAGUCAACUAAGGAGCUUCGGAACAUGUCAAAGAACCGGGAGGCAGCUUGGCCCCUCUCCACGCUGCCUGUGUUUAACCCAGUAACUGGUGAGAUUGUGCCACCCCUUCACCAUUCAGAUAACUGUGACACCUCCAACAUGCCUCUCAUGCAAACACAACAGAAUCACCCAUUACAGACCCAGCUGCCCCAGCAGCAAGAUGCAGGUAAAUGGCAAACCUGAGGAAGGAAAACUGAAUGAAGCAUUUACCUGAUAUUUGAUUCCACUUCGGAAGGUUAUUCUUCUUCUGUAUACUGACCAAAUGCAUGGUUUGUUUUCACUGUGUGCUAAUGUGCAUGACAAUGAAGCUGGCUACAGUGUGAGCGUAUGUCAAGAAUUUGAUAUUUGAUAAGUGUUUUACACUAUUCCAGCAUAACAAAUGCAAUAUUUGCUUUUUGCACAUAUAUUAUAUAAGCCUUUAAUUUUAUUUAAUUUUGCUAGAAAAUGCCAACCCUUAACUUUGUAUUAUAGAUAGAAGGAAUUUUGUCAUGACUUGCCCCAUGAUGUCCAAAACAAUGCUUUUAUUGUGACAUUAAUAAAAAACCUGACAUUUUA